AUUGGACUCCAAAAUGCUGCAAGAGAAUGUCUUUAAACAGUAGAACUUGAAAUAGAACUUCAUUGUUGACAGAACCAACAAAGAUGAGCUCUGGAGCAGUUCUGUUGCCAUCCAGUAGUUUUGAGGAAGAAAGGCGUGGAGUAACCUGCUCUUUCAUUGAGACUGCUGCUGAGCCCCUACCCUCCCCCUCUGAGUUCUAUAAUGUUAAAGAAGCUUUGCAACGUCCAUUUGGUUCUGACAUUGAUUCUCAGACGUUGAAUGAAGCAGUGAGGUGGAGUUCGAAGGAGAACCUCCUAGGAGCUACUGAAAGUGAUCCUAAUCUAUUUGUUGCACUUUAUGACUUUGUUGCAAGUGGUGACAACACACUAAGCAUUACUAAAGGUGAAAAGCUACGUGUGCUGUGCUAUAACCAGAAUGGUGAAUGGUGUGAGGUGCGCUCAAAGAAUGGCCAAGGAUGGGUCCCCAGCAAUUAUAUUACGCCUGUUAAUAGCCUGGAAAAGCAUUCCUGGUACCACGGUCCUGUCUCGCGUAGUGCUGCUGAGUACCUGCUCAGCAGCCUUAUCAAUGGAAGCUUCCUUGUCCGAGAAAGCGAAAGUAGUCCAGGACAACUAUCAAUAUCCCUCCGCUAUGAGGGUCGAGUUUACCACUACAGAAUUAACACUACACAUGAUGCCAAGGUGUACGUAACAGCAGAGAGUCGUUUUAAUACAUUGGCAGAGCUUGUUCAUCACCAUUCCACCGUGGCCGACGGGCUGGUCACAACCCUGCACUACCCUGCUCCAAAAUGCAACAAGCCCACUGUUUACGGAGUUUCUCCCAUACAUGACAAGUGGGAGAUGGAACGCACUGACAUCACAAUGAAACACAAACUAGGCGGAGGGCAGUACGGGGAGGUGUACGUUGGAGUCUGGAAGAAGUACAGUCUUACCGUAGCAGUUAAAACACUGAAGGAGGACACAAUGGAGGUGGAGGAAUUUCUGAAAGAAGCUGCUGUAAUGAAAGAAAUUAAACACCCAAACUUGGUCCAACUUCUGGGUGUUUGUACUUUGGAACCCCCGUUUUACAUCGUUACUGAGUACAUGCCUCACGGGAAUUUACUGGACUAUCUACGUGAAUGCAACCGGGAGGAGGUGAAUGCUGUGGUGCUCUUGUACAUGGCUACACAGAUUUCCUCUGCCAUGGAGUACCUGGAGAAAAAGAACUUCAUUCACAGAGACCUCGCUGCUCGUAACUGCCUCGUUGGUGAAAAUCACGUGGUGAAAGUUGCGGACUUUGGUCUAAGUAGGUUAAUGACUGGUGAUACAUACACUGCUCACGCUGGAGCUAAAUUCCCAAUUAAAUGGACUGCACCAGAAAGCCUUGCCUACAACACGUUUUCCAUAAAAUCGGAUGUGUGGGCAUUUGGAGUGCUAUUAUGGGAAAUUGCUACAUAUGGGAUGUCUCCAUACCCAGGAAUCGAUCUGUCACAGGUAUAUGAUUUACUCGAGAAAGGAUACAGAAUGGAACAACCUGAGGGCUGUCCCCCCAAAGUCUAUGAAUUGAUGAGAUCAUGUUGGCAGUGGAAUCCCAUGGAGCGGCCAUUGUUUGCCGAGAUCCAUCAAGCAUUUGAGACCAUGUUCCAUGACUCCAGCAUUUCAGAAGAAGUUGCAGAAGAACUUGGAAAAACUGCCUCUUCAACUGUGAUCGCCCAGCACUUUCAGUUACCCCUGCUCCCAACUAAAACUCGAACACUGAAGAAAAAUGCAGAAAAUAAGGAAAACAUGGACAUGGAUCAUCCUGCUGUAGCUCAUACUGCAGUGCCAGGAACAAGUACAGCCCCAUGUAGCAUCUCCCCAGCAUUGCCUCGUAAGCAGAGAGAUAAAUCUCCCAGUGGUCUCCUGGAUGAUAACAAAGAGACCCUGUUUACUCGAGAUAGAAAAGCUGGCUUCUUCAGUUCCUUCAUGAAGAAGAAGACUGUUCCUAUGCCGCCUAAGCGCAGCAGUUCCUUCCGUGAGAUGGAGAACCACCCACACAAAAAAUAUGAGAUAACGGGUAACUUUGCUUCUUUCUCAUCUUUUCAGCACUCUGAUGGGCUUACAUUCGUUCAUUCACAUGCAGAAGGGAAUCUCACACAGGCUAGGUGUUGUGGAAGGGGUUCUGUGCAAAGAAAUGGUGGUGUAACUAGUGGAGGGUGGGCAGGAUUUGCUGGAUUUUUCACUCCUCGCUUAAUAAAAAAGACACUUGGCUUAAAACCAGGGAAGCCUUCAAGUAAUGAUGAUUCAAGCUUGGAAGCCACCAAACCUUUUCCCCGGUCAAAUUCUACUUCUUCCAUGUCUUCAGGGCUUCAAGAACUGGAUCGUCUAGCCUUGACUCUUCCUAGAAAUUGUCACCGCAACAGAAUUCAACUCGAGCAUCCAGUGCCCUACACUUCCAAAGAGGAAGGACCAGGGAGAUUGACAGAUCCACUGCACAGAAAAGCAGAAGAUGGAGUUGCUUCAUUGAGAGACAAGUCAAAAACAAAACUUUUGGCAAGGUGUGCUGCAACACCAUCUCUCAGGCAACAUCAUAUGGGCAACGGAGAUAGUGAUCUUUCACAGAACCUCAACACGAUAUCAGUUGGGCGUGGAGAAACUAAUAGUAAUCAUUCUGGUCAACUAGCAAUGAAAGAGGAUAUGGAGAAGACAGGUUGGUCCUCACCAGUAAAAGUUUCUGCCACACUUCCAGCAGCUCAUAAUCAUAAAGUACCUGUUCUGAUAUCACCAACUUUGAAGCAUGCUCCUGCAGAAGUUCAGUUGAUUGGAACAGAUUCAUUGGGAAAUAAAUUCAAACUCCUGUCAGAGCAUCAGGUUACAUCUGAGAGAGAGAGGCCAAGGCUUGUGAAACCAAAAUGUGCACCCCCUCCACCUCCACCUUCCCUAAAACUAUUGCAACCUCCUCCUAGCACUAAUUUCAACAGCACAGAAACAGCAGAAGACUUGGAGAGUAUUUCAGCAGCACAACAAGAGGUUGAGAUAAAUGGUGAAGGUGGCAAACGACCAACAAUAGCAGUGUUUGGGAAGAUCUCUAGGCCAUCUAUACCACCCCCUCAAGUGCCUCCAGGUUCAUCCAUUCCCACAGCAACUUCUUCUAAACUUGCAAACGGUACCUCUGUAUCUACAGGUGCUCGAAUUUCCUUGCGAAAAACCAAGCUCCCACCAGAAAAGGUGCCAACAGAAAAAAUCAGUAAAGAAGCAUUAUUGGAGUGUGCCGAGCUUCUCUCCAACGUUAUUGACAGUGAUUCGGAGUCCACUUCCAACAGCCAGUUAGUUGAAGCAGGACAUCGAUUGCUCGAUCAUUGCUCCGGUUACGUGGAUUGCAUUACUCAAAUGAGAAACAAGUUUGCUUUCCGUGAAGCUGUAAGCAAAUUAGAACAUGGUUUGCAUGAACUCCAAGUAUCAUCCACAGCUUCUACUGGACCUCCGACAAACCCUAUGCUCAAUAACUUACUGACAUGUGUUAGAGAGCUAAGUGAUAUUGUGCAGAGGUAGCUGAGAAAGCCUUACUGUUUGUGAAAGGUUUACUGACUUGUUUAUUAUCUAAAGUACCUCAGCAAAUGUUCAGCUCUUUAAUGUUUACAGAUUCAUCUCUCUCUGUCAGCUGAGUCCUGGGUAGAGCUGUCUAUGCAUAAUCAGACUGCGGGAGGGGGAGGGAAACACCAUCUCCGACAACAGUUGCUUGUGGAAAACUACUUCUGGUAUUAAAUUUAUGGAAAUAAUCCAAAACUAACUUUUUUGGGCCAUGGCCCAGGUAAGUUCUUUUCAUCCUCCUGGGCAGUCCUGAGGGACUCUUACUCUUUGAAGAACAAGUUAACCUCAAAGUUUGAAGAUGAGAUCACAAUUGCAAUGAAUCACAACAGUCUAAUCAUUGGGUUUAAUUUGAAUUUUUAUCUUGAUAUACCACAGAAGGAAUUUGUACUUAAACCAGUUUUCUUUAAUGUUACAUCACUGUUUAUUCCCUUCACAAUGAGAAUUGAUCUCCAGUCACCUACCUUUCAGUCACGUGGUGCAUGCUGUAGUUACACCAAACUUUAGAAGCAUAAAUUCCCUGUACCAUACCAGCUGUUUUUCUACAGUUCAUUUCAGCACUAUGUGAACAGUAAUGCAGCCACUAUUAACCUUUCCUGUGUGACUGCAAAAUAAAACUUGACUUACCUUUCAUAUCUGGUAUUAAGUUGCUGAGAGCAGUUUCCUCUUGAAAACUGCUGAGGACAUCAACUAGACAAAACUCUGAUCUCAACUGACCUAACUUUUAUUUGGGUUGAUAAUUGUUUUGGUAAUCCCCAAUGAAGCGGGUUUUCCUCCUUUGCAGUGCUCUGCGUCUUUGUCAACAGUAUUGGAAUUCCAUGAGAAUGCUAUUUCAAAAGUCCCUCAGAACUGUCAUGGAGUUUAAGACUUACCUCUGUUGUUGCCUCUCAAAGCAGACUUCAUGUUUAUAUUUUUGGUGAAUGGAGAAAAAAAAACAUUAUGCAGCAGAAUCUGCUAUGACUUGAGAAUGACAAUGUGAAUUGUAUUACCUUUUGAAUUGCUAAGUGAAUCUACUGUGUUUGCUGUGAGUGUAGAAAAUGACAUCCCUAAUCAUGGACAUGGAUAAGUAAGAGCUCGACUGCUGUCAAUGUUUAUAACAAGAAACAUUUACUCAUAGCCCCACUCCUGCCACAUGUAGUCACCCUGAUGCUGGAGCAUCCUGAAGGUCUCAUAGGAAUAUUGUUUCUGCUUUCUCUCUGUUCACAGCAAUAGAUGGCAAAGAAAAAUGCAUACACAUUGGAAUCACUUCUUACACCACGUAUCUUGAAGAGAUGCUCUAAAUUCUCUCAAAGAAAUUUAUUCAGUGACAUAGAAUUCACAUGUAUUGCAGUUGUAACAGUGACUGCUAAAAGAAAAAAAUACUUAAUCCAGGUUUCUGCCCAUAAAUUAAAAAUACUAGGUCUAAGAAAUAACUGGAUUCUCUUGUAAUUUUUGACAAUAAGUUCAUUCAGAUAUUUUACAAGUAUUUAUUUACUUUUUAAGAUGAGCACAAUGAAUGGCCAAUAAAUCCAUACUUAGUAUUAGGUGCUUCUCUCGGCACUGUCUCACAUUACUUCUUCUGAAGACACGAUUGUCCCUUUCAAACAUUUCAAUUAUUCUCGUGUUACUGGGAAGUGAUUCAUUUAUGUCCUUCCCUAAGCAUAUUGCUACCAUUCACAAAAGCUAUAUGCAUGUGCUUUGGUCUGACCCAAGAUCAUUUCUGUGAAGGCUUUAUUUUUUAAAUGAGCAAAUUUGAAGAAAACGUUGAGACUUAACUAUGCCCAGGCCAGGGAGGUGAAGGAAUGAGCUGCAACAAAAUAUGCAUUUUAACAUUGGGAUUUGAAGUUGACCAUGUGCACUAGUUGAUAACAUAGUCACACUUAUUAAUACAUUCAGUCAGAGUUUUAAAGAAACACGUGACUUUUCAAAUCAGGACAUGGAUCAGAAGCAGAGCACGAAACCCACAUUUCGCUUUCCCUCACAGCAACCAUCAUUUCUGGUGGGACUAGGAAAUAUACUUUUUAUUUUCUGAAGACAUUGAAUAACCCUGCUGUGUCCAGUGAAAAGCAGAAUUUUCAUUUAUCAUUUGUGAAUGCUGUGACCAUCUGAUUGUGUUUGCAGUAUUACCUGUGGACUGAUAUUUCAGACUAUUUGCUGCUGAUUAUUUGCAGAAAUAUUCUGUGUGGAUUUAUACCAAAGGCCACUUGGUUCUGUAAUUUUUUUUACUGUGCAAUUUAGGCUGGGUCAAACUCAUUUUUGAUUUCGUAGGGAGUUCUGAAAUUAAGAUUUAUAUUUAUAGUUAUGGUAAUUUGGUAUACAUAAAUGACCCAGCAGUAUGGGAGGCCAAAUCCAAUAAAAUGAUUUUAAAUGGUACGGUGAAGUCACACUGUCUUAUAACCAGACUUUUAACUUUGAUCUCUGCUUUCCAUUUGUAAAGUUUCUGCAAAAUCUCAUUGACUCCCUCACAGUUACUCUAUUAAAACCCAUUUUCUUGUCAUAUUAAAUUCCUUAGUGAAGAGCAUCAAAAAUGUUUUUCUUGCUCAGCUACAAAGCCACUUGUGGAUUUGGAAAUGCCUGAAAUAUCUAUCCUGCUAGCAAUGGGGAAUCCAGUAAAUUAGUGAUAUACUACAAUUGGCAUUCCCUGGUUUGUGCCUUCUGCUAACCUCAGCUCGAUGGUGAUGUAAGUGCUACAUUUAGCCUUGACAUCUCCUGUGCCCCACUGAUUGCUUUGGGAAUCACGGAAGGAGCCAAGAUUCAGAUCCUGGUUCCUAUUCCUUCUAAAACAAAAUAUGAGUCCUGAUUGAGAUAAAUACAAGAUUAAAUGCUGUUGUGAUAAACACUGCAGUUUCGAGUCUAAAGAUUAAAUUGUAAUUACCCUUGUGCAACUUAAACAGGAUACAAUUGAAUACAUUGAUUUUGUGCUUUCUAAAUAUUUUAAUUUUUAAUGGACCUCAGGUGAUCAAAAUUAAAACCUGAAGCCUUUUUAUAGUUCACCAAUUUUUUUACCAGUGAUCCAUUGAGUCCUUUAAGGAGAAGGGAUCUCUACUGGAGGUCUUUUUUUCCUACAUUUCCAUUCCCUGCCACUCAAUAUUCCUGGAGAAAAGAAGUGCAAAAAUAUUUUUUACAUUUGCAUUGCUUCCAGUACACAAUGAUCAUUAAAGUUUUUCAGAUCAAGUAAAUCCCAGAUUUAAUCCCCGUUUUGUAUGUCAACUGAAAAAAAAAACAAGUUUUGGCAUCAGCCACAUGAAAAUCACCCUUUCUGUGCCCAGAUUGCAGAAGUGACAUUUGAACAAUAUUGGGAGGAUGACACGGUUAGGCUUGUUGCUGUAUGCCCUGGGUGCUUUUCUUCAUGAGGGAAUAAAGUGUCAUAAUCCUUGGCUGAGGCUUGGAUAAAUACUGGACUUUAAGGCACAGCAGUGAGCCUGGAUUCCAGGAAGAGUAUUCCAUGCAUGAGAAUAAUGCACUCAGUAUAGAUGUGAUAUUGCACAUUUGCUCUCUUUUCCAACAAUAUUGAAUGCUCCAGAUUGAGGUCAGUAAGAAGGCAGCACUUUCAGACUUAAUUAAACAAGGCAAAUGCUGAAGAAGUGGUUAACAUUUCAGGUUGAUGUUCAAAAGGUCAUCAACCUGAAACGUUACCUGUUUCUAUCUGCAGGUGCUGCCUGAUCUGCUGAGUAUUUCGAGCACUUUCUGUUUUUAAUUCAGACUUUCAACAAAUGCAUUUUUUUAAAUCAACAUCUAGCAGAGAAAAUCCUUCAUUUUGAAUGAUUUUGCAGAGCUCAGUAUGUGGUAUGCUUUAUGUUUUGUAAGCAACAAUUCACACAGUUUAGAAUCCUAUAUCUAGUACAUCUACAGUGACUUAAAAACAUGUACUAACCUCAUUGCAUCACAUUAUUCUUUCACAAUGACACCAUGGCAUUACAGAUUAUAAAUCCACAUCGUCAGAAAACUUAAAUUUGCAACCUGAUUCUGCAAUGAGCAUAGCCAGUGGAGUUUAUAGUUUUAAAACUAUUCUAAUAAGUAGUUAUUAAUGGUUCACAUUGGUUACAUUCCCUCCACACAUCAUCCAAGUUGCAGCUAAAUACAAAUAUUUUAUGGUGAGAAAAAGAGAAUCCACCAGUGUUGGUUUUAUCUGUCCACAAGCAAAUGUUAUUCCUUUUAUGAUGCAAAUUUAAAGCAGUCAUCUUAAAGGUGUAGAUGCAAAAAUUCUGCUAGCUUUUUAAAUUACAUUAUUUAAAAUUUAAUUGCAGAACAGAAGCAUAAGUUACCUGGUCAGCUUUAGUUGAAAUCUUAUGGAAAAGCAUUUAUCUUCUUAUUCACAGUUGUGAAUAAAACUACAAACUUAGUUAUCAAUAGGAGUUGGACAACCGUCUAGAUUUUGAAGUGAAGAGCAACAUUAGGAAAAGUGUCUGUGACAAUGAAUGUUGGGAAUUACUACUGAAAAUUUUGUUUUUUGUUUUAGCAGUGCCACUUAACGAGUUUAGCAUUGCAGUACUGUACCUUUGUAUGCCCUGUCAUUGAUCUACUCUGAUACAAAUGUAAUCUUUCCUGUUCAAGGAAUGGGUUAAUCCUUAAAUCUGAACUGCAGACUUGUCUGUGAAAUGAACCCAAGAGCCUGUUUUUUUUUGCGGAUUGACAAAAUACCUCUGUGCGUGCGUGUGUGUGUGUAUGUUUUGUGGGGAGAAUGAUGAAAUGGGAGGGUUGGGUGGCAAAUUGUUUUGUAACAUAUGUCGGAUUUUGCUUUGAAGCAGAAAUGAAUUUAUCCCAGACUUUUAAACAUUAAGAUGUGUAAAUAUGUGAAUUAACAGGGGGUUAAGGGAUGGCAGAAUUACCCCAGAAUGAACUCACUAAUUGACACAAGCAGUAUUUUGUUUUUUGUACAAUAAAUAUGUUUGAGUUUGUAAUUAAAUUAUCACAGAAUUAUGCUUCAACUGAGUGCUGGCUUGCUGCAAGUAUUUGAUGUAUCCACAUGGUCAGAAUCCACCAGUAACACAUUGUUCUCUAUUCCACAUUUAAAAGUUGAAAAAAAACAUAUACACUUAAACUAUCUUUAAGUUAAUUAUUUUAUAAGUAGAGGAGAAUUUUGGUGGGUACCUGUUUUCACUUCAUUGUUUCAACUAUGAUAAGCUUUUAAAAUGCACAAAAAGUUAGAUAUUUUAAAUCUAUGGGCAGUUUAAAGUGCUGAAAAUUAAUUUAUUUUCAUUAUGGCUGCAAUGAUCAGAUACCUUCUCACAUGUGAAAGCACUUUAUUAUAAUACAUUAUUUCUGAAGUGCACCUGCCUGAACUGUCUUUUUCCUUGGAGAAAACAAAUUAUUGUAAUUUUAAUUUAAUGUUUUUAAUCCAAUUCACCUGUAAAAUACAUUGUUUUAAUAUACAAGAUAUGCUGAUGCUAUUAAUAUUCUCUCCUUGUACAUAAAACCAGCUGGAGACUGCAUCAUAUUUGAGAAUGUCACUGAAAUUGGUUACAAGAAUCGUAUGACUAUGCUGAAUCCUACAAUGAAAUAUUGUAACUCUGCCCUACUCUCCUAGUACAUGUUAUUUGGAUACAUAUAUUGAACUAUCCAAUGGCUUUGUUUUGAAAUAUCGUUUCAUAUACACAGUGGUAC